UUGGCUUGCUGACAGUUAUUUUGAGUCCCAUAUGUUCCUCAAUCGUGGGAAUACUGUCAUCGCUUUGUUAAUCCUUGACUUCACAUCUGCAUCAGAUCCUUCUUGCUCGUCGAUGAUGCUGUCUAGUUGUGUGGAAGUUUCGACCUCUCCCAAAGCUUCUCUACCAAGACUGACUGAAUUAGUGUUCCCCAUGUUGUAUUUGAGGAUCUUGCUUUUGUCCUUUUGUAUGUUGAGGUCUACUGCUGCAGAGACUGCUGCUACACUGACUGUUUUCACCUGCAUUUGUUCGUGUGUAUGGGAUAGAACAGCUAGGUCAUCUACCAAGUCCAAAUCUUCUUGUCGUAUGUCAGCUGUCCAUUGCAUUUCGUGUUUCCCCCUCCGAUGUAGAGAUCUUCACAAUUCGAACAGGCCGCCGUUCAUAGUUUAAAUCAUUAUCAGUUUGGGGUUGUGGAGAUUAUUAAGCUUUGAUUG